CGAAACGUGUUUUUAGCACAAUUUUUUGUCAGACGCAAACUUAUCACGAUUUUUGGCAGAAUGAAAGACAAAAUAGCUGAAAUAGAUGUUCAGAAAGCUCUUAUCAAACAGCUCAAAGAAAAAGAUUCUUUCUCUGUUAUAAAGAAGAAAAAGAAAAAUACUGAAGCGAGUUUCAAGUUAAAGAAAAGAAAGUCAUUAGAUGAGAAAGAUGAUAGUAUGACAUUAGAUAAACCUGAUGUGCCCAAGAAAAAACACAAAGAUAACAAGCAAGAUAAUAGUGUACAAAGACCACUUAGGCCUCCCCCCAAAGUCGUUGAGUUUGAGGAGCGUGGAAAGUCAAAGCAAGAAAAUAGACAGAAAGAUAAGGUUUCCAAUGAAAAAGAUAAUGAUGACAUCAGUUAUGAUGAUUUUAUGGAAAUCGCAAGGGAUGUUAAGGAAUUUGGUUUCCAAUGA